UGUGACUGCAUCCGUGUAUCUGUGCUGUCAAAGCUCCAGGACAGCUAGCUAGCUGCACGGUAGGAACAGGCACAUUGGUGAUAGAAAGCGGAUGAAUGCUGAAAUAACUGUAGCGUUUGAUACCGAAUUAUAUAAUUGCACUCGCCACUUAUGAGUAAAAAGUGUAUGUGGAACUUCGUUAAGCAUUUCCAAGACACAGUUGAAAACAGGCGUAAGUGAACAUUUUACGAGCAGGGUGAGAACAGGUACGAAGGAUCCACCGAGGAGACUAAGACAAGAUCUUCAGAAGAGCGUUGCGCUGGUGGUCGGUGCGCGCGACUUUCCCUGAAGUCGAAGCUUGACGCGCAAUGUCGAGGAAAAAGGCUCCAAAGGGCAAAAGCGGCAGCGCGAGCCCCUCUACCACCAAAGACAACAAUAACAGAUCGGGCAAAAGUGGCCUGGUGGCUGGAGUUCAGGCUAAUGGAGUGGUGCAUCCGAGCCGAGCAUCUGUCAGCAGUAGUGAAUUUUACGACGUCGCGUUCAAGGUGAUGCUGGUAGGCGACUCAGGAGUAGGGAAGACCUGUCUGCUAGUGCGCUUCAAGGAUGGAGCAUUUCUGGCUGGCAGCUUUAUUUCUACUGUGGGCAUUGACUUCAGGAACAAAGUGCUCGACAUUGAUGGGGUCAAGGUCAAACUGCAGAUCUGGGAUACUGCAGGACAGGAGCGCUUUCGCAGUGUUACACAUGCCUACUAUCGUGAUGCCCAUGAGCCCGAUGGCAUGGCCUCCCAAGUCCUGUGCAUGCCAGAUGCCAAUAGCGCAGCCUCCCAAGUUCAGAUCCUGCCAGAGGCCAACGGCGCGGCCUCCCACACCAUGCAUCUGCCAGAGGCCGAUGGCAUGGCCUCCCAAGUACAGCUCCUCUUAGAGGCCACUCGAGCGGCCUUCGAUGCCAUGCUCCUGCUAGAGGCUGAAGGCGUGGCCUCCCAAGUCCUGCUCCUGCCAGAGGCCAACGGCACGGCCUCCCGAGUCCUGUACAUGCCAGAGGUCAACAUCCUGGCCUUCCAAGUCCAGCUACUGCUAGAGGCUGAAGGCGCGGCCUCCCAUGCCAUGCUCUGGCUUGAGGCCAAUGGCGUGGCCUUCCAAGUCCUGCUUCAACCCAAGGCCCACAGGGCGGGCUCCCCUGCAGAGCUCCCUCCAGAGGCCGUCAGCACAGCCUACCCUGCCAAGGUCUAG